UCUUGUUCCGCAGGCUUCUCGUUGCGUUGGCUUCUCUGGUUGCGGAGCAGGCUUCAGUAGUUGCAUUAGGGCUCCCCUGUGGAGCCAGUAGCUGGGGCGGUAGCCCAAAAGGCAGGGAGCUUCUGAGACUAUCCCAGGAUCGGCCACCAGGGGGCAGAAAAGUCGUAAAUAAAAAUAUAUAAUAAUCUCCCUAAAAGAUGCUUCCGCUGAACGCCUAGCGUCCUUAUGGUCUCAGUCUCUGUCGGUUUGCAGUUCGUCCCAUUUUCCAGCUGAAAAUACUGAAACUUAGAAAGAAGGGCGCCACCAGCCCAGGUCUCCCUGGCCGUUGUUGGCAGCGCUGGGAUGGAAGCCUAGGCUGCCAAGGGGACGGGCACAUGCAGGGGCUGGCUAAGGUCAGAUUUGGAGGUUCAUGUCCUAGGACGGGAGAGGGUUAGGGUAGAGGGUGUUCCUAGCUGGGAGAACUGUGUUCCUCUGGGAUGCUGUGUGGCCCCAGGGAAGUGGCCUAACUUCUCUGAGCCUCGAGUUGGCUUCACUUUUGCAAUGUGAGGACAAGAGUUCUGACCACCAGAGUGUGAGACUUGAUGGAGGUGCUGGGACUUCAGAGCCAGUGCAAUGCCUGGUGGUCAGGAAAUGAGUUUCCCACCGUUCUCGAGCCGCCCCUACUGUGGCUCUGACCGUGGAGAGUGAGGGUCAGGAUGGGCCUCAGGGAGACAGGGACAAGGAAGCUCAGGACCCUGAGCCCCUCCCCAUGGUGCCCGGAAUUCAGGGAGGGGACCCCACCUCCUACUUCCUGGGGCCCCGGCCACACCCUGCCCUGGGGUGCGCUGAGCAGGCCACUUCCUUCUCCCUCCGGGGCUGCAACCCCAGAAUCUGCUGGAUAGGGGCGAGGACAGAGGGCACAGGAUGGGUAGAUUCUGGAAGACCCCCGGUCAACUCUCUCUUCUCGCAGCUCUGAUCCCAAGGCUGGUGGAGGCCCAACCCCUGGCCCAGCGGAAGUCGUGGCUGGUGGGGCUGGGGGCUGCGCUGGCCUUCCUCUUCCUCAUCUUUGUCCUCACCUUGGUCUACGCCGUCUGGUGCCGGGAGUCCCAGGACAGCAAUGAAGAGAAGGAAGAGGAAACUGUGAGAAAGGAGAAGGGAGAGGACGACUGGGGGCUGGAACUGGAGGAGGCAGAGGGGCCUCCGAACCAUGAAGCAAUGGCAAGUUCCUCCACAUGAAGUCUUCCCACUCAUCUCCUCCAGGCAGUCCUCCAGGGAUGCCCCAAUGCCUUCUCCACACCCUGUCAGCAAAGGACCUGGUCCUGGGGCCAGUAAGAUGACUCUCUGGGAUUCAGAGGUCUCAGAACCCGCUCCAAAUCCCUCUCAGAGGGCUCUCUGUGUGUUACCUGGUGGUCCCGUACCCCUUCCCAAGCUUGGUCUCCACCUGAUGAUCCUUCUUGAGCUUGGAGGGUGCCCCUGGAGGAGUCGCCCACAUCCCCGCAAUAACCUCCCCCCCCCGCAACUGUCUCAUGUCUCUUUACCCAGUCCAUCGCAAGCAUCUUUUUACCCAGCACCUGAUUUCUUUUCCCACCUCCAAUUUCUGUCAGGUUUUGAUUUCAUCAGAGAAGGCAGGUCCUCCUGUUGCCCAGGUGUAAGCUCUUUCAAGAGCUUUCUUGGAGUCCCAGUCCCUCUCCUGGCUGCUGUUCGCUGUCCCUGGCUCAGCGCGCAGGGCCGUUUAGGGGGAGACGAGAGCUUCUCCUACCCUGUGCUGAGUUUCAGCACUCUGUCCUGCACGCUAGCACUCCCAGGGGGUGGGGUGAGGGUGCAGGGCUGGGAGUAGGGGGGCGACACAGGACCAUUACCCCCUCUUCCUGUCCUGCACUCCUGGUGGGGAGGCUCCAUAGAGGAGAAGGAGCUGGAGUCCUCACUUCUUUGCUGUGUAUCCCGGAGCAAGUAACUUAACCUCUCUGUGCCCAAGAGUCUAGUUCUGUAAAAGGAAAGAAUAAAUCCUUC